AUGCCGCAAGACAAUGCGCCUGCGGGCAAUGCCCGAGGGGAGCAAGGCUCCUCCAUGACGACGCGGAUCAUCCAGAUGGUGGCCAUGUACGUCGGCAUGCAGUUUGUCAUGAAGCAGUUCAUGCCUACGGCUCAGUCUUCUGUGCAGACGACCGAUGCUAGCGGGAAGACGGUCCAGGUGCCAGCCGGCACGACCGUCAUCCCGCCGUAUCAGCUGCGGCCGGCCAGCCUGGACGAAGGCGCCGUGUACAACGCGGACCCCCAGCGCGUGGCGCCGAUCUGGCCCGAUGACAGCAAGCUGGAUAUUAUCAUCACGGUAUCGCAUACGCCCCAGAUCAAGCCGCUCGGCGGCCGCGACGCCGACCCGGUUGUGCUCUCCGAGACCGGUUUUGGGCUCGGCAACUUCAGCGACAAGCGGGCCAUCGACACGGUCAUCGACGUGCCGCCACAGGUGCAAAACAAUGGGACGCUGUGGGGCCACUUCUUGAUCGGCCUCCAGGGCAGCGUGCUGGAUCCCUACAACGCCGCCUUCGACCCCGGGGCGGCCUUUUACUUUUCCUUCCCGCUGACGCAGUACAUUGCGCGGAAGAAGCAGGUCAAGGUGCGCAACCUACUCGCGGGACCGGACACUGCCGACGCCGAGAAGGAGCUGGAGAACGAGCCGGAGACGCCGUCGGGACCGAUCAUCGGCAGCUACUACCACGCCAACACGUCGCUCUCGUUUAUCCCCAACGGCGGCGUAAUGCAGUACCAGCAGCUGCCGCCGGUGGUGCAGCAGUUUGUGCAUCUCGAGCUGACGGGGCAGCGUGACGGGUCCGGCCAGAACACGUGGUACUACCCGGUGCUCUUUGUCAACACGUUCUGGCAGCUCAAGAGCCAGAUGACGGUGCUCAACGAGACGGUCAAGACGCUGCCGCUGCAUCUGGACCUGGGCAAUCUGGCGGACUGGAAGUUCAAGUUGAUGUCGAGCAUCGAGGCGAGCAGCCGGGAGACGGCGCGGCAGUCGGCCUUUGGUAACCCGGCGCCGGGCGGUGGCGAUGGCUCGGAGAUCGACAUGAUCAAAGAGAUUUUGCUGGACACGAACCCGAUCCUGCUGUGCGUGACUGUGGUGGUGUCGAUUGUGCACACGCUGCUGGAAAUGCUCGCCUUCGGCUCGGACAUUGCGCACUACCGCAAGAAGAAGGACAAUGUCGGGAUCUCGGUGCGGUCGAUUUUGGCCAACGUGUUCAUGCAGACGGUCAUCUUCCUGUACCUGGUGGACAACUCGCAGAACACGUCCUGGGUGAUCCUGGGCUCACAGGGCGUCGGCAUCCUGAUCGAGCUGUGGAAGGUGACGACGGUGGUGGACGUGCGGCUGCGCGACGCACCGGCCGGCUCGCUGAUCCCGUGGCGCCUCGCCUUUGAGGACAAGCACAAGCUGAGCGAGACGGAGGAGAAGACCAAGGAGUACGACGAGAUCGCGUUCAAGUACAUGUACGUGGCAGCGGUGCCGCUGCUGGUGGCCUACGCCAUCUACUCGCUCGUCUAUGACAGCCACAAGUCGUGGUACAGCUACGUGAUCGCGACUCUGGUCGGCUCUGUGUACGCGUACGGCUUCCUGAUGAUGGUCCCGUCGCUCUAUAUCAACUACCGACUCAAGAGUGUGGCCCACAUGCCGGGUAAGGCCAUGAUGUACAAGUUUGUCAACACUUUUAUCGACGACCUGUUUGCCUUUACCAUCAAGAUGCCCUUUCUGCAUCGUCUGGCCACUUUCCGCGACGACAUCAUCUUCUUCGUCUAUAUCUACCAGCGCUGGGCCUACCGGACCGACUACACACGGGUCAACGAGUUUGGCCAGGGUGGCGACGACGACGAGACGGACGAGCCAACUGUGAAGGUAGUGGAGGGUGUGAAGGGAAAUGGCGUGGAGGAGAAGGGCGAGGACGUGGCGGAUGUAAAGGACAAGGCCAAGAAGGCCGCAACCGGCAAGGCUUCAGGCUCUGACGCAAAGGCUGGAGGCGCGAAAAAGCGGAAACAGUAG